CGUUGGUUUCUAUGUGGAUUUUUAUGCAACAAACACAUAUAACAGAUUGUGAUUCGGAUUCUGAAGAUUCCAAUGAUCCUAAUGACGGUUUUUCUUCGAUUCGUCGGGAGAGAAUUACGAGCACCAUCGGACGCAAAAGGGGACGAACGGUAACAUCUAAAAAUACCUCGGGAAUCAAACCUAAUAAUUCACCUAUUCCUGCCAGCAGAGAUUCUAAACAACUUAAAAAAAAUGAAUUUGACCGUUAUCAGCCGAUUUUUCAAAAGUUUAGAACGCGCGGUGAUGAUAACCGCUCUAAUAAAAAAUCAAAACCUUCGUUGACCGAAGUUAAUCAUGAUAAUUCUACAAAUUCCCCAAUAAUUGGGUCUUGUGGAUGUGCUGAAAAUAAAAUUGAGGCUUUUAAACAAAAUAAAAAUCUAAAGUAUCAAAAUUUACAAAUACUCGGCAAACGAUCUAGGUCAAAUCAAUGUGAUCAGCGUCCCAAUGGUCGCUUUCUUGCCGGAACUGUUUAUAUUAAUAGGAAUGCUCAUGAAUAUACUAAUAUUAAACUGCAAGGUCAUAAAGCAGAUACUUCCGCAAACUUUAAUAAUACUCAAAGUACUGUUAGACAUUAUGGUAUAAAUGAAUCUGAAGUUAAAAACGCGAUUAAUGAUUUACAAGAUAGAAUUUCCAUUGCUCUUAAUAAAAUUAGAUCAACCAAAAUCGAUGAAGAACCAUCACCGUUUCUAAGCACCCUAGAAGCUAUCGAACAAAGUAGAUUUGAUCGAGAUGCACAUAUUGCGACUCAACUCGAAAGACAGAUAGAAUUGGAGGAUGACGUUGAAUUUAUCAUUAAAAUGAUCAAAGGAUCAAAUUACUCUGAUUCUAAUGGUGAGAAUUGGAUUAGUAAUAAUUAUUCUGAGAUCUCUGUGAAUGUUAACGACUCACCGAAAUCCGGAAAAAAAGUAGUAACUUUCGCAACACUUGCAUCAGAUAUUGAACAAACGUCCCAACGUAGAAUAUUAAGAAAUUUUGAAAUACUUGAAAUUUUAAAUAAAAAGGAGCUCACCGAGAAAAUUAUCGAAGAAAGUUUAAAAAGUGCAAUCAAAAUUGUAAAAGCUCAAUCAUUGGCAAGAGCCCGAAGCACGAGGCGAUUAAAGCGACCACAUAAGAUAAGUUAUGAAAUUGAUGAUGUUGACAAAAAGCUCCUAUAUAUUGAUUCAUGGCAGAAAGAUAUGAUUGAUAGGCUUAAUGGUUUAGAGUGUGAGUUUGAUGCUAUAGAAGAAAUGAUCGAUAAUGAUCAAAUACUUACAGAAUUAUUUGAGGCCAAACAAAAUAAGGAUGGUGAAG